CACAUCAUCAUGGAGAUGUGGAAGUUUGGGAAUUUCUGGUGUGAGUUCUGGACCUCCCUGGACGUGCUCUGCGUCACGGCCAGCAUUGAGACCCUCUGCGUCAUUGCUGUGGACCGGUACUUCGCCAUCACCUCUCCUUUCAAGUACCAGAGCCUGCUGACCAAGAGCAAAGCACGCGUGGUCAUCCUCGUGGUGUGGGUGGUCUCGGCCCUCACCUCUUUCUUGCCCAUCCAAAUGCACUGGUACCGGGCAGACCGUGAGGAGGCCAUCCUGUGCUACGAAAAGGACACAUGUUGCGACUUCUUCACCAACCAAGCCUAUGCCAUUGCCUCCUCCAUCAUCUCCUUCUACCUGCCACUCGUGGUCAUGGUAUUUGUGUACGCCAGGGUCUUCCAGGUGGCCAAGAAGCAGUUGCAGAAGAUAGACAGGAGCGAGGGGAGGUUUCACACCCAGAACAAGGAGCAGGAGCAGAAAGGGGGAGCUGGGCACCGACGUUCCUCCAAGUUCUUCUUGAAGGAGCACAAGGCCCUCAAGACCCUGGGCAUCAUCAUGGGCACCUUCACGCUGUGCUGGCUGCCCUUCUUCAUCGUCAACAUCGUGCAUGUCAUCCAGGACGACAUCAUACCAAAGUACGUGUACAUCCUCUUGAACUGGCUGGGCUAUGUCAACUCUGCCUUCAACCCUUUGAUCUACUGCCGGAGCCCGGACUUCAGGUAUGCCUUCCAGGAGCUGCUGUGCCUCCGCAGGUCCGCCCUGAAGAUGUAUGCCAACGGCUACUCAAACAGCAACGGCAAGAGCGACUACAACGAGGAGGACAACGGCUACCCCCUGGCAUCGGACAAAACCUGUGAGCUGCUCUGCGAAGAGGGGUCCUUCCCUCACCCCGAGGACUUUUUGCACUGCAAAGGUACCGUACCUAGCGGGUAG